AUGCCGGCUGCUGCAGCCCCAACCGAUCUCAAGAAGAAGCCGAGGUUCCAAAGCAUCCAUAAGGCGGUAAGAACUGGGAAUGUCCGACAACUUGAGGACCUGGUAAAUGCUGGAGCCAGCAUCAAUGAGGUGGACCCGAUCCACAAGUUUACACCCUUGCACUGGGCUGCGCAUUCGGGAAGUCUGGAGUGUCUUCAGUGGCUCCUCUGGCACGGAGCUGACAGGACAGACGUGACCGUAAGAGGCUGGAGCGCGGCUCAUCUCGCUGCGAUCCGAGGUCAGGAUGCGUGCAUGCAGGCUCUUCUCCUCGAUAACGUCGACCUCGGAGCCCAGGAUAACCGAGGGUGUACUCCGGCACAUCUAGCCGCGACUCACGGACACUCGUACACCUUGCAAACCAUCCUCCGGAGUGGGGCGGACGUAAAUGUUUCCGAUAGGAACGACUGGAAGCCCGCACACAACGCCGCCUUCCACGGCCGCCUCGGCUGCCUGCAGCUUUUGGUUCGCUGGGGGGCCUCCCUAGAUGAUGCAGACAACAACGGGAAUUUUCCGGUUCACAUGGCGGCGAUGGAGGGGCACCUGCCCUGCUUUAAGUUCGUAGUGAGCAAAAUGCCCACCUUAUUGCACUCCUUGAAAGCCCGAAACGACCACGGAGAGACCCCCAGGGACCUGGCUGAGCGGUUUUACAAAGCAGACAUUGUCAACUACAUCGACGAUCUGCAGAAAGGGGCGGGUAAACCAAAGAUGCAGGAAAAUGUAACCUUUCCAGGUCAUGAGGCCGCCUACAAAGGGGAUCUAGAGACCAUAAGAUCAUUACUGGAAAACCACGUCAUCAAUAUUAAUGAACGGGAUAACAAGGGAUCGACUCUCUUACACAAAGCUGCCGGGCAAGGCCAUUUGCACCUGUUAGAGUGGCUGAUGGACAGAGAAGCGAAUUGCAACAUCACCAAUGAUGCGGGGGAGACGCCGAAAGACGUUGCGAAGAGGUUUGCCCGGCUGGCUGUUGUGGAAUUUUUGCGAGACAGAAUGGGAAACGACUCCGACGAGGAGAUCGACACCAAAGACAAGCGGUUCUUCGAAAGACACACCGUGGAAGGGAGCACCGACUGGAAGAGCGAUGUGGGCCUGGAUAAGCUGGGAAAAGCGGAUGCUCGCGAAAGAGCCUUCCAGAAGAUACAAGAGCUGAAGAAGCUUCUGGAAAUCGCCACCAGCAAUUUCAGGCAGCUCGGAGGCAUCACCCCCGAAGACAGAGCGAAGAAGAAAGUCGAGAAGGAGACUGAAAGAACGGUCAGCGAGUUGCAGGCUCAGCUGGAGUACGAACGGAUCCAGCGGGAGAAGCUAGAGGCGCUGCUGGAUGAGUACCGGGAAGAGAUAAAGAGGCUCAAAGAGCGGCUGGAGAAGGAGACCCAGGAAAAUCCCCCCGUCACCGCGACGCCAGUCUCCGGGGCCAGCGAAGUGACCUCUGAUCCAGGAAAAGAGAAAAAGAAAGUGAAGAGAAAACCCCUCUACAGCCCUGGGGGUAUUUUUGUGAAAAGAUACUAG